AAAGAAAAUAGAUUGGGUGAGAGGGGCUGGAUGAUUGCCCGCCCCAGCAAUAUGCAAAUGAAUGCAGUGGGUAAAGCCCCCCCAGGGGCCCCUUUCUAAAAGGGCCGAUGUGCCCCUUUCCGCUGCCGAACUAUGGUUUCAUCCAGCUUCCCUACCCCUCCUUUCCCAUGGUUUCGCCCAAGAGCUAAAAGAAUACUAUCGAUGAUUCUAUGCUCAGGUUCGCUACUCCAUCGAUUCGCUCUGACUCUCCCAGCCGUCCUGAGCCCCGGUGGAGUGGGGAUCCCUGGUUGAUUGAGAUGAGGAAAUCAAGGCUUCAGUGGGUGGAUUGAUUCACCUUCCAGCGUAUUUAGUCAUUUGCAGUGUGAACCGUCUCUCUUCAGCUCCAGCGCUCUCUCCUAGGGGUGGUCCCCUGCAAGCGUCUCCUUUAAAGGAUCCAAUCAUGAACACCUCCCAGGGCACUGUGGGCAGCGACCCUGUCAUCCUCGCCACCGCCGGCUAUGACCACACCGUACGCUUCUGGCAGGCACACAGUGGGAUAUGUACCCGCACGGUGCAGCACCAAGACUCGCAGGUGAAUGCCCUGGAGAUCACCCCAGACAGAAGCAUGAUUGCUGCUGCAGGUUACCAGCACAUCCGGAUGUAUGAUCUCAAUUCCAAUAACCCCAACCCUGUCAUCAACUACGAUGGAGUGAGCAAGAACAUCACUUCCGUGGGCUUCCAUGAGGACGGCCGCUGGAUGUACACAGGAGGAGAGGACAGCAUGGCCAGGAUCUGGGACCUCAGGUCACGGAAUCUCCAGUGCCAGCGAAUUUUCCAAGUGAAUGCGCCCAUUAACUGUGUGUGUCUGCACCCAAACCAGGCUGAACUGAUUGUUGGUGACCAGAGCGGUGCUAUCCACAUCUGGGACCUGAAAACUGACCACAAUGAGCAGCUGAUUCCAGAACCAGAAGUCUCUGUGAAUUCAGUUCACAUCGACCCUGAUGCCAGUUACAUGGCAGCCGUCAACAGUACAGGAAACUGUUAUGUCUGGAACUUGACCGGGGGCAUUGGGGAAGAAGUGACUCAGCUGAUUCCCAAAACCAAAAUCCCAGCUCACACAAGAUAUGCCCUGCAGUGUCGGUUCAGUCCUGACUCCACGCUCCUGGCCACCUGCUCAGCGGACCAAACGUGCAAAAUCUGGAGGACCUCAAAUUUCUCUUUGAUGACAGAGCUCAGCAUCAAGAGCAACAAUCCCGGUGAGACUUCGAGAGGCUGGAUGUGGGACUGCGCCUUUUCUGGAGACUCUCAGUACAUUGUAACAGCCUCCUCUGAUAAUUUAGCACGGCUGUGGUGUGUGGACACAGGAGAAAUCAAGAGAGAGUAUGGUGGACACCAGAAGGCUGUAGUCUGCCUGGCAUUCAAUGACAGUGUCCUGGGCUAGCCUGAAAGCGUCCUCUCUGCUCUUGGACCUUCAGGGAACAGGAGCUGCUCAAGACUGCAGUGCUAGUCAAAGAAAGAUGGCUUUUCUGAACAUGGAAAAUCUCGGCUUCAGCUCACAGAGGAGUACUGGCCCUGCCCCCUUCCUGGUCUGAGGGCCCUGGACGAGGGUUCACAGGAGUGGAACCAGGGAGAGCAGGACUGAACCUCCCACUGGCUACUUCUGGGGCAGCUUUGUGCUGUCUGGCUCUCCUGGGGGCUUCCCUUGUGGUCAGGACAUUCCCUUUCUAUGCAUAUGUGUACAGAUAUAUUUCUUGGGACAGAGAAAGUUGGACAUUAAAAAGCCAGUUUCAUCUGG